AUUUCUCGUCUUCACCGUGUGGCUUUCUUUCUGGUCUUCAGCACCAGACCCCAAAACCCUGAAAAACCCUGCACAACCCAAAGCCAUGAAGAAAGGCAUAAGCAGAAAACGGCCAGCGCUAACACAACAGCCGUCACCUGCGAACCCACCCAAGCAGCACGCCACGUCCCAAGAAGAUGAAUUUCUGGACGAGGACGUCUUCCUCGACGAAACCCUCUUCGAGACUGAAGACGACCUCAUUCUUCGCGACAUUGAGGAGCGCCAGGCCCUUGCUUCCCGCCUCACCAAAUGGGCCCGCCCGUCUAUCUCCCAUGCCUACAUUUCCGCCUCCCGAAGCAUCGCUUUUCAGCAAUUGGAGAUUGAUUAUGUUAUUGGAGAGAGCCAUAGAGAAUUGUUGCCUAAUUGGUCCGGGUCUGCUGCAAUUAUCCGAAUUUUUGGGGUUACAAAGGAAGGACAUAGUGUUUGCUGCCAUGUUCAUGGAUUUGAGCCAUAUUUCUAUAUCAGCUGUCCUCCGGGAAUGGGCCCUGAUGAUAUUUCCAGGUUUCAUCAAAUUCUUGAGGGGAGAAUGGGGGAGAUGAAUCGGAACAGUAAGGUACCAAAAUUCAUUCGCCAUAUUGAAAUGGUGCAGAAGAGGAGUAUCAUGUAUUACCAGCAGCAGGAUUCUCAUCCCUUCCUCAAAAUUGUUGUUGCUUUGCCAACAAUGGUGGCCAGCUGCCGGGGUAUUCUUGAUAGAGGCAUACAAAUUGAUGGUCUUGGUAUGAAGAGCUUCAUGACAUAUGAAAGCAAUGUUCUUUUUGCUCUUCGUUUCAUGAUUGAUUGCAACAUAGUUGGUGGAAAUUGGAUUGAGGUCCCUGCUGGAAAAUAUAAGACAGCGAAGCAUUCGUCGUACUGCCAAUUAGAAUUCGAUUGCCUAUAUUCAGACUUGAUUAGCCAUGCUCCAGAAGGGGAAUUUUCGAAGAUGGCUCCAUUUCGCAUAUUGAGCUUUGACAUUGAGUGUGCUGGCCGUAAAGGUCAUUUUCCUGAGCCUACCCAUGAUCCUGUAAUCCAGAUUGCAAACCUAGUGACUUUGCAGGGAGAGAAUGAGCCAUUUAUCCGUAAUGUCAUGACUCUCAAGUCAUGCUCUCCUAUAGUUGGUGUUGAUGUGAUUUCUUUUGAUACAGAAAGAGAAGUCUUGCUGGCUUGGAGGGAUUUAAUCCGUGAGGUGGACCCAGAUGUCAUAAUUGGAUAUAACAUCUGUAAAUUUGAUUUGCCAUAUCUCAUUGAGAGAGCUGAGACCUUGGGAAUAGCUGAGUUUCCAAUACUUGGCCGCAUAAAAAAUAGCAGGGUUCGGGUCAAAGAUACUACUUUUUCUUCAAGGCAGUAUGGAACCAGGGAAAGUAAAGAAGUAACAGUUGAAGGGAGGGUUCAAUUUGAUUUACUCCAGGCUAUGCAACGAGAUUACAAAUUAAGUUCUUAUUCAUUGAAUUCUGUCUCGGCACACUUUCUCUCUGAGCAGAAAGAGGAUGUCCACCAUUCAAUAAUAUCUGAUCUUCAGAAUGGCAAUGCAGAAACUAGGAGGCGACUUGCUGUGUAUUGUCUAAAGGAUGCUUACCUCCCGCAGAGGCUUUUGGACAAACUGAUGUAUAUUUACAAUUAUGUAGAGAUGGCUCGAGUGACAGGUGUUCCCAUAUCAUUUCUUCUAUCCAGAGGGCAGAGCAUCAAGGUGCUUUCUCAGCUUCUUAGGAAGGCAAAACAAAAGAACCUUCUUAUUCCAAAUGUCAAACAGGCUGGAUCUGAGCAAGGGAAAUACGAAGGUGCCACUGUUUUGGAAGCGAAGGCAGGAUUCUUUGAAAAGCCAAUUGCCACUUUGGAUUUUGCAUCUUUAUAUCCAUCAAUCAUGAUGGCCUAUAAUUUAUGCUAUUGCACUUUGGUGACAACUGAAGAUGCUCACAAACUCAACAUCCCUCCAGAAUUUGUCAACAAAACUCCAUCUGGAGAAACAUUUGUUAAAUCCAAUUUGCAGAAGGGAAUACUUCCUGAAAUUCUAGAAGAACUACUAGCUGCUCGUAAGAGAGCAAAAGCAGAUUUAAAGGAAGCAAAAGAUCCACUUGAGAAGGCAGUGCUUGAUGGUCGACAACUGGCCUUAAAAAUAAGUGCAAAUUCCGUAUAUGGGUUUACUGGAGCUACUAUUGGUCAGUUACCAUGCAUAGAGAUAUCAUCAAGUGUCACGAGCUAUGGUCGACAGAUGAUUGAGCACACAAAAAAUCUUGUAAAAGAAAAAUUUACCACACUUAAAGGCUAUGAACACAAUGCUGAGGUUAUAUACGGGGACACAGACUCCGUUAUGGUGCAAUUCGGUGUGUCCACCGUUGAAGCAGCAAUGAACUUGGGGAGAGAAGCUGCUGAAUACAUCAGUGGAACUUUCAUAAAACCUAUCAAGCUGGAGUUUGAGAAGGUUUAUUAUCCAUAUCUUCUGAUUAGCAAGAAGAGAUAUGCUGGUUUAUUGUGGACAAGUCCAGAUAAGUUCGACAAGAUGGAUACUAAAGGUAUUGAAACAGUACGAAGAGACAAUUGCUUGUUGGUUAAAAACCUGGUAAAUGAGUGCCUGCACAAAUUACUGAUUGACAGAGAUAUUCCUGGGGCAGUCCAGUAUGUCAAGAAUACCAUCUCAGAUCUUCUUAUGAAUCGCAUGGAUUUAUCGCUGUUGGUUAUAACUAAGGGUUUGACAAAAACUGGGGAUGAUUAUGAAGUAAAGGCAGCUCAUGUUGAACUUGCUGAACGUAUGCGUAAGCGAGAUGCUGCCACUGCUCCAAAUGUUGGGGAUCGAGUACCUUAUGUCAUUAUUAAAGCUGCAAAAGGUGCCAAGGCAUAUGAGAAGUCAGAGGACCCCAUCUAUGUGCUCGAGAAUAACAUACCCAUAGACCCUCAAUACUACCUUGAAAAUCAAAUUAGCAAGCCACUUUUAAGAAUUUUUGAGCCCAUUUUGAAGAAUGCUAGCAAGGAACUUCUUCAUGGGAGUCACACACGAUCUAUCUCAAUAUCUACUCCCUCAAACAGUGGAAUAAUGAAAUUUGCAAAGAAACAGCUCACUUGUGUUGGCUGCAAAGCUCUAAUUAGCAACGCAGAUCGAACUCUUUGCUCGCACUGUAAGGGAAGAGAAGCUGAGCUCUAUUGCAAAACAGUGGCUCAUGUGUCUGAGCUAGAAACACUUUUUGGGCGGUUAUGGACACAGUGCCAAGAGUGCCAAGGCUCUCUUCAUCAAGAUGUGCUCUGCACAAGUCGGGAUUGCCCUAUAUUUUAUAGGAGAAAGAAAGCACAGAAAGACAUGGCUGAAGCCAAAGUGCAAUUAGACCGAUGGAGCUUCUGACAUUCGCCGGACAGUUAGUUCGUAUUCCCAACCAAAAAACAAAUGAUAUGUUCAUGCGUGUUGAGCAGGCAGGGUCUGCGCAAUUGUGCUGUUCAAGGAAAUUGAUGUUUACAAAACAGAAAUUUUCAAAAACUUUGACCAAGCAAAUUGCGAAACGGAUGUUAUUGGUUUUGAACUGAAACAAAGUGGACGGUAGCUCUAUAUUUGUACAGCUUGGACCUUGGUAGAUAAUUUUAGAAUAAAUGUUUUUACGAACUUUGUGAAGAUGCAGAAAGUCUAGGAAGGCUUUGAAGUCAGCCAUUAGCCGUGCUUAUUUCCAAAACUACGACUAUGCUCUGAUAAUGUUUGAUUGAUUGUAUCAUUUGUUGUUUAUUCUUUCUUGGUCUGGUAAUGUGUAUUCUUGA